CAUUAUUGUAUUUAUUAAUACUUGUUUUCAAUGCAGCCAUAUUCCUGUUAUAUGGAAGUCAAAGUUCCAGUACAAUCCAUACGGUAACGUUAGAUGCUUAUUUUAUAGAUAACAUUAGCUAACGGGCUAAGCUAGCAAGAAACUUCAACACGCGUGAAGGAUGCCUGGCAAGGAGUUUUAGAACGUAUACCUUGCGUUGCUUUAGCAGUCGUUGAACAUCUUAUUUGGGAAAUGCAAACACAGCUCAGAUUAAGUGAGAAUUUUUUUUUCUUUACUUCACUGUAUCCUUACUACCAUUAGUAGAUCAAUUGCGGGAAAGGUUUUUAUCGAGCUUGUUAAAUGCAAUGAAGCUAAACGGCCCAGCCGAAGAUGUCGUAGAUGCUUGAUUGACAGUAACAGUGUCCAAUGAAACAUCUGAAUCAAAAUCUUUCAUCAUUUUAUGACCAAUCAGGUCAUUUGAUUUCAGCGGCCGCGGUCAUGAGCGUACAGACUACUAUUGUUCCUUUUGUAACUGAGUUUGUUUCACAUCAGAAAUACAUUUCAUGCUGUUUAUUAAACUUAUAGACAGAAAAUAAUAACAAAUUAUUUGGGGAAAGAAGCCCGCGAGUCAUGUCCAGGUUGCCUACGGUGCAUGCAUAUUGUCCCCUAAAAUGUCAAAAGUCGCUUAUCAAUAAAAUAAAAUAGCAAUUUUAAUCUAAGAAGUAACCAAGGGACGUAUUUAAAUGCACAUAUAGUGUGUUGCACAUCAGAUGUCUGUUGUCUGAAAAAGUUAAACCCGCGAGCGCGCCAUUUGACAGCUGUCAGGCCUCUGUCAUAGAUUGGGUAAGUUCGUUUAUACCGGUGGUGCACCCGGUGGGCGGAGCAUUCUAAUAGAAAAAAUGUGGUGAAUAAAAACAAAGCAUCUAUUCUGUGUGGACAAAAUGCACCUACAUUGUAGAAUUUUGUUUAAUAAGCAUCUUGUCUAAAAAAAACAUUUUUUUUUCCCCCGACACCCCCAACAAGGAGGUAAGCAAGUCGCCAGGAUGACUAACAGUCCCCCCCAAAGACGAGGGAUCCAGUUUGAGGUGGGGGCUCAGCUAGAGGCUCGUGACAGCCAGAAAAAUUGGUACUGUGCCACUAUCGAGAAGAUUGACUUGGAGCAGGAGAAAGUGCUGAUCCACUACCGCCAGUGGAGCCAUCGCUAUGACGAGUGGUUUGACUGGAACUCCGCCUGCCUGCGGCCGUUGGAGCGCGUCCAGCUGAGGAGGGAGGGGCUUCAGGAGCCCCGCCCCACGCCGAUGUUCCGGGUGAACGAGCGUGUGCAGGCGUGCUGGUCUGACUGUCGCUUUUACCCAGCCAGGAUCCUGCAGGUCAACCAAGAUGAUACCUACACGGUGAAGUUCAAUGAUGGAGUGGUGAAGAAAGUGAAGGCAACCAAAGUGAAGUCAUCUAAGAAAGAGACUGGAAGAGCCAGCCAGAGAGCCCGAAAUCUGGAGAAGAACCAAUCAGACCAGACAGAGACUCGCCCAGCAGGGGGCGACGCAUCCGAGCAGAAUGGAGCGAGUGAGGAGAAGGUGGAGGUGGAGAAGAGAGGUGAAGAAGACAUGCACAGAAAGCCGGAGGAGGAAGUUGCAGGAAACACGCCACCGGCCAAGCCUACGCAGCCUGCAGGGUCCCAGCAAAGCAGAACGGAGCCCAGGAAGAGGAGGAGGGGCUCCUCAUCACUCCUCUACAGCACCAAGAGGAAGAGGCCAGGCAGCAGUCGAGGCAGAAGCAGUGGAUCCCAAACUCAGCAGGUUAGAUCGGAGGCCGUCCCAGGAACUUCAGUGUUAAGCGCCUCUCAGACAGACAUCCAGGUCUCUGUUGAAGCCUCGCCAGACACAGAGACUGUACUGAAGCGCCAAGUCCACCUGCCAACCACACACAAGUACAGCAGAGAACCCCUGUACAGAGUGAUUAAAAACCAGCCACCUCCCAUCCUGUCCAUUGAGCUGGACCACAACCCCUUCAAGUGUCAGGCACCGGGCUGCACCAAGUCCUUCAGAAAGGCGUCCCUGCUGCACUACCACGUCAAGUAUUAUCAUGAAGACGACCAGCCGGCCGGUGGGCUGCAGGCGGCCGGCCAGGACACUCCCACGAGGACGCACGCCCUGUUGGAGGGGAGGGGCUUCCUGAGCGAGAGGCGGAAGGAGAACCAGCAGAACAACAACCACCCGCACGACGACAGAGAGUUGAGCACCACGGAACCAGGUUUGAAGGUCAAACAGAAGAGAGAUAGAAACUUCCUCCGUGUCGUGCUGAGGAAGAAGAAGAAAAAGAGGUCCAAGUCAGAAAAUUCCCGCAGUGAAAACCAAGGCUCCACUCUAUCCUCUCCCCAGCCCUGCCUCUCACACACACCUUCACCUCUGACCUCCAGGUUGAAACACGAUGCCUACCUUGAUGAGGAAGACAGUGAUUGUUCAACAGUCAGCGCUGAGUGGAGCGAGGAGGAGCUGGAUGUGACCACACCUGUGUCUCAGCAGAGUGUCACCACGGCAACACACGACUGUGACAUGGUGCGCUGUGUGUGUGAGGUCGAAGAAGAGAACGACUUCAUGAUUCAGUGUGACCAGUGUUUGUGCUGGCAGCAUGGCACGUGCAUGGGCCUGUUUGAGGACAACGUCCCUGAGAUAUACAUUUGCUAUGCUUGCAGAGAGAUGGCAGGGCAACGUCAGAGCCACCGGUACCUGUACGACAGCGACUGGCUGAGCAGUGGCUGCAUGUUCGGCCUGUCGUCUGUGGAGGAGAACUACUCCCAACACAACGCCAGCAAGAUGGCGGCCACCCACCAGCUGCUCGGAGACCUGCAGCAGCUCUUCCUCCUUUUCCACGGCCUGCAGCUCAAGAUCAGCGUCCUCCAAACAGACUCCCAUCCCGACCUGAGGCUGUGGCAGCAGCCCUGGAAGCAGGGCGAGGGGCUGGAGUCCUGGCCGGUCCACACAGCCCAGCCUGAAGAGGAGGCAGCAGCCCUCCCCGCCCCCUCUGACAAGGACGCGGGCGUUGCCUCGUUCCACACUUCCUACAUCAGCAGUGAGCACUGCUACCAGAAGACGACCGCGUACUACCCAGGAGCCCUGGCGGUGGAAACGCGCGGCUCCGAACUGGAGCACAGCCUCCGCCGCAGCGAGGAUCUGAUCUACGGAGGCUCCGCAGAGACAUACCCCGCCACCACCAAGACCCCAGCCCUGCACACAAACAAGGCAGAGGAGUUACUGUUCGAUGAGGAAAAGUGGAACAGAGGACAUCUGGAGACUUCAGAAGAAGCCGAUCCCACACACGCACACUCUGAAACGGACACAAGCACACAACCUGACACGCACACAAGCACACACAUUGACACAGACACAGCCCGUCCCACCCCCUGUGUGGCAGCAGUGGAGCGCGGGCAGCAGCAGCAGUGGCAGCUGAACCUGCUGGAUCACAUUCAGGCCGUCCAGAACCAGCUCACACACAGGAUGGACUUCAUAGAGAAGGAGCUGGAUGUGUUGGAGAGCUGGAUGGACCACACCGGAGAGCUGGAGCCUCCUGACCCUCUGGCCCGCCUCCCGCAGCUCAAGCAGCGAAUCAGACGGCUGCUGGCAGAUCUGGGCACGGUGCAGCGCAUCUCUCUGUGUUGCUCCUCCAGGGGGCGAGACUGAGCAAUGUUAUUGCCACAUAUCAUUUGUAAAACGGGUGUAGAGAUCCAGUAAUUGAGCUGAACUCCACAGGGGAACGGAGAGGGUCCCCUUCAGGCCUCCACUCCACCUGCGUUAGGAUAACAAUCUGAACUGUGGCCACUGUACAUUCCUCGUUCCUAUGCUCUUGGUUAGUAGCACUUAUUUAAAGCCAUAUUGGAGGAAGCCAGGAAGUGGACUGAUCCUCCACGCCACACAGACUGGAACCCCCAGUGAAUAUUAGCAUAAGCUUCAGUAUUCAUGGUUAUUAUUCAUACUUUAUAUUGCUGUAGAGUUUUGGAUGUGUAGAAUAUAGAUUUGAUGAAGACCAUGGUCUUCUUUAGUUUUGUAAGAAAUAUAGAUUUUUAUGGAUAUCACAUGUUGUUAAAGAGGCCUCAUAUAAUUAGAUAAUUGAUUGAUUGUCCUACUCAUAUUUGCAGUUAGACUUUUAUUGAAAUGCUUUUUACAGUUAUGAGUAACAACAAUUUGUAGGUUUAAGAUUAAGUCUUGAAACAAGAUAUUUGCCUCCCUAAAAUAAAUGUCAUACCAACAUUUUAAAUUACGUUUAGAUAUUUUGUUAUUGGCAGGUGUUUUGUUGUUUCCAAGUUAGCACAGAAACUGCCUCAGUCCCAGAUUAGGAAUGUACCAAUACAAACUUUUAGUAGGUUUUUCAAGGAUGUAAAAGCCACUGCUGCACAUAAGAAUAAAAGUAUUGUUAGCGAUAACUCCGAUUUCACAUUUAUACUGUACCUUGCAUAAUUUAAACAUGUAAGAUUUGUGCUAAAUAUUAGAAGUUUUGUGUAUUUUGUGUCCUUAUAUUUUUCAUGUUUUGUGUUUUUGCCAUGAGUAAUUUAUUUUUCUCGAAGUUUAAUUUGUCAUUGUGUAUCGUGGCAAUAGGUGUCAGAAGUCAAAUGGCGUGUCCGUAAGAGAUUAGCAGGACAGUCAGUGUUGUGUGCGUGUUGCUGUAUGUAUGGCAGGUGGGUAUAGCAGAUGGCCCAGUAUGUACAGGCACAGCAGUAGGCCUGUACCUUAUGGCCGAGUUGUGAUUGCCAUUCCACACCAAAACAAAGAUUUAGAGAUUUAUUGGACAUUCAUUUUAGUCUGGGUCGAACAAGUUCAACAGACUAGAUUGUUAUAUCUAACUAGUCCCUGUCCUUAUCGGUAUCUGUGCAUGUUAAGCAGGUCAUUAAUAGCCUUAUCUCAUCUAGCUACCCCCACCCCCCAAUCGUGAAAGAUUUACAGAACUGAUGUUUUGAAACAAUUUCAUUACAUAAAAAAUGUGACUCCAAA